AUGGAGUAUACAUGGGGAGAGAUCGAGUUAGAAUCAACUGCAUCAAGAAAAGAUGGUGACCGUGAUAUUCUUACUCUUCCAAAAGUUGCAACAGGUCAUAAGGGGGAUGGGACAGGACUGUCGGAUGAUGGCUUUAUUUUGGAAAUAUCUUUUGCUCCGCAAGACCAAGAUAUGAUGAAAACGACUAAAGAUCUUUACAAAGAAAAGUGUGAUGGAGAAAAAAAAAAUUGGAGCAGGGAGAAAAAACGGUUGGAACAUGAAUUUCAGAAGUUACACACUUAUGCCUUGGAGGUCGCUAAUGAGGCCGAGAGAUUGAAGAAUCAAACCGCUAGAAGAGAAUCAACUUUAGCUCAAAAAGACUCGCCAAAAAAAUAUUAUCUCUUAAAGACAAACUGGCUAAGUUAUAGAUUACUACGCAGGGAAGUUGAAAGAUACUCAGGAAACAGAGCUCUUACUUGUUUGGAGCAGGCUUCAUUAGAUCGAGAGUACCAAGGUACUCGAGUCUCCGACUCACCAACAUUGGAAUGUAAAAAGCCCAGUGUUUUUUAUUCAGAGAGGCAGAGCUUUGAAGCUUUCGCUUCUCAGAAAGAACAGGCAAAGCCCGGAGUCUCUGACUUGCCCUUGCUUUGCGAGACUGCAGUUGUUGACUCGCAGAACAAGGAUACUCCUGAGUUUAGUCUUCGUCCUUUUUUGAUUAAAAAGCCAAGUUUAGAAUUGAUAAAAAGUAGUACAAAUGCACAUAGUGAGAUUGAUAUAGCGAUAGACGGUGAAUCGGCUAAAUUUGCAUCAUAUCUAGUCAUAAUAGAGACCGCUCUUGGGCAGAAGUCAUUCGAUAGUAUCAUUACCAAUGAACGUUGGCAAAAAUUUUGCGUACAUUAA